AUGAGAUCAGCUCACGAAGCAAGGACAGAGAUGGAAGCCAAUGAGAAUAUGUGUGGAAAAGAAGGUAAACAUUGGAGGUACCGGUCAGAUGGGACCGAACAGCAUCUCGUGGCCAAACACAUCUUCCUCCAUCCCCUGUAUGACCCCAACACAUUUGAGAAUGACGUGGCUGUAGUGGAGCUGUUAAAGGGCCCGGUGCUGAAUGACUUUGUGAUGCCCAUCUGUCUGCCGGACAGGCCCCCGGAGGAAGGGGCCAUGGUCAUCGUCAGUGGCUGGGGGAAGCAGUUCUUACAAAGAUUCCCAGAGACCCUGAUGGAGAUUGAAAUCCCAAUUGUGAUGCACCACACCCUGCCAGAAGGCCUAUGCCCCAACGAAGAGGAAUGUGACCAAGGACAUGAUCUGUGCUGGGGGAUAAGGAAGGGGGGAAAGACGCCUGUGCGGGUGACUCUGGAGGUCCCAUGGUGACCCUGGAUAAAGAGAGAGGCCAUUGGUACUUGGUGGGCAUAGUGUCCUGGGGCGACAACUGUGGAGGAAGGACCGCUACGGCAUAUAUUCCUACGUCUACAGCAACAUAACUGGAUCCAGAGAGUCACCAUUAUGAGUACUUGAAUUCAGUUUUUCAACACCUGUCCAUGGUCAGUUAGCAGCAGAGGAUAAUUAUCUGAUGCAAGACACCUUUGCCCUUCACCCACCUCAGUCAGCCCAUUACUGGCCAAUAAUGGGGCCAUCUCAGCCCCAUUUUCUCCUUCUCUAAAGCAGCAAGGUAGCUGAGUGAUCAGAACACAGGGCUGAGUCCAGCUCUUCACUCAGUAAGUUUGUAACAGUGGCAGGCGACUUCACCUCUUUGAACCUCAUUUCUUUGUCCAUGUUCUGGAAAUGAUACACCUUACCUACCUCAUAAAAAGUUUUGGUGAAUACUGAAUUAAUUAGUAUGUACACAGCUCUUAGCGCAGUGCAGUCAUAAGCUAAGUGUCCAACAUAUGACUUAGCAGUCAAUGUGUCUACCAGGCAGGCAAAGUUCUCUUAUAAUCCUGGCUGGUCUUAAGGAUGACUAGUGUGUACCCUUCCCCUCAACUUUGACCUCUUCUUUCAAUCUGCCCCCAAAUGCUCUGUGCUUCUGUGCUACCACACACCUUUCCAACCCCAAUCCCUGCCCCCCAUAAUAAAAGAAAAAGAGAAAGUCUUAUAGCAUGUCCCACAACAAUGUGUGAGCAAGACACCAAAUUGUGAGAGAGCCUUGCAAGAAGCAGGGCAGGGAGGGAGACUGGGAACAGUCUGCUGGGAAGCCAGACACCAGGUUCUAGAACUAGCUCUGCCCUGAGCUCUCCGUGUGACUGUAAGCAGGACUCCCCCUCAUCCCAAAGGACCCGCCAGCUCUGACUGUCUAAGAUCCAAAGAAGCCAUUUUUUCCUUGAGGAGAUAAGUCAAAGCCAAAUAACCAAAAGGCAAAAACUACCUUAGGGUUUAAUAGAGUUUUGACACAGAGAAAAUACUGCUGCUGCAGCAACCUCCACCCUCAUUCACCACCCCCUGGUUCCCAAAGACAUAGCCCAGGCAAAGUGCUAGUCAAGGAAUCUUCCCUUGUUCCUAAACACAGCGUCAGCCCUAGGCCCCAACCCCCUUCCCUUCUGAGAAUCUGAGCUGCACAAGGUCAGCCCUGAUAGGCUAAACCAGGCCCCUGAACCCUUCCUCCCUGUGUCCAAAGCUGACCCCACACAGCCAUUCUUCCGAUUCCUCACCCCUGUUCCUUACCCUGAACACCCUAGCCCCAUGUGGUGAUAAGUGUUUCCCAUGCAGAAUUCCCUGGAGAGCCAGCUCCUGUCUCAGGAAGUUCCUAGAGAACUCACCCCAUCCAGAACCCUGAGAUUUAAGCCCAUCAGGCAUCAGAAGUCCAAGUCCCUGCCUGGUUCUAUGAAAAUCUGUCUUCACAGCAGACUUCAGUUCUUGACUUGUGCUAGAGCUACUGGAAUCAUUCAGGGUCUCUUGCUGAAAGAAAGCACAAGGAAUGAGACUGAAACUUGCGGACACUAAGCCAAAGGCUGAAUGCUCAUGGAUAGCAGGUCACAGGCUGCUUCUGGUUCUUUGAGCUAGUCAUUCUACCUCUCUGUGCCCUGCAAUUUACUCUGGAAAGGGAAGAUGACAGUGGGACCCAACUCCAUCAGACGUUUGUCAAGCAAGCUCGAGAUCCUUUUCUUGCACCAAAGAAGAAGUGUAACGCAAAGCUUUGGAAUUGUCCUAGAGCGUUCCAAAACACCAUA